CUUCAGCAGAGGUAGGGAAUUCUCCAUUCAGUCCCGUUUCCCCUCCAUUCAUGUCUGCUUUUGAAUAUCUAAGUGUCCAUCUGCUGUAGCAUCUUAGGUGAACUCAGUAACAUCUGUGUAAUAAGCGUGCAGUGAUCUUACAAUAAUAUCUUCUAAUCAGACCGAAUAUAUAGAGUGCAACAGGGAAUUAUAAAUGUGUUUCUGUCUCUAGCUAAUGACUGGUGAAAUUAUGUUUGUCCAACUGACAUGAACAAUUAAUUAAAGACCUACAGGAAUAAAACUCAGGAUAAAGUAUGUGCUGUGUAAAGUCUUGCAUUCCUUUCAGACAAUGCUCAUAUUGAUUUUCUGCUCCCAUUGAGGACAGAAAUACUGUCAGUAUUAGUGGUUAAUUCUCUUUGAAUUUUUGUUUAUGCUGCUGCUUUUUGAAGUAAAGACAAAAAUGGAGCUUUGCAUGCAAACCAAGAAACAACUGAUGACCUCACUGGCUACAGGUUAAGUACAAAGUUACCCUAAAAUGAUGACAGACUCUUUUUGAUGUGAACAUGGUGUUACCUGGUGACAGCAGGGAGGGGACAGGUGAUUUCAGACUAUCCAUGUCUUUGUCACACAGGUUGCGCAAACAGGUAGGUGAAGGCUUUGUUGCUUAUGUCCCGUCUUUUCUUUGAAAUUCUCAGAAAUGGCCAAACAAGUUGCUACAGGGAAAGGUUAGUGUUUUGUUGGCCAGACUUUUGCUCCCUGGUGAGUUAGUCGCUCUGGCAUCCGCACACCAGCCAGCUGAUAUUGUGCCUCUGGGCAGGGACUGAACUGGGCUGGGACCCUUGUCUCCAUCAGACACGUACCACCUGGUGGUCCUUGGACCUGGGGUGAGAGGACACCUGAAAGGUCUACAGGCAGAGGAGGGGACUGUGGCUCCUUCCCCAUACCAGGUAGGGGAGGUGGGAGUCAGUUUUGGCCAGGGGAGACAUUCUGGCUUGCUAGAAAGUGUGAAGAAAUCACUGAUGCUGCUCAGUAACAUAAGAUAGAGUGGCGCACAGGACAUCGUGGGCCUGGGCUGGCCCGUGUGGGGAGCGAUGGAGACCGAUGUUCUCGGUGGAGAUGAGGAGCGGUGCAAGAGCCCAAGCGGCUGGGACUGACCCUCUGAGGAGCUCCCUGAAGUCCCUUUGAACUCCUGUUAGUACCUAGUUGUUUUGAUUUCUGAGGCUGUGCAGGGGAAAAAAAGCAAGAUGUUUUUGGCUUGGGAGUGUAAGUCUAACAUUGGAACAGCUACUGACAGAGCCAGUUUUUAGCUUCUUGGAGAUUUAUUUGAUAAUCUGUGACAGGUCCAGACCCUGGAUCCCAAUAAAACUUUGUGGAGCUCUAACCCCAGGCUGAGACUAAACAAUUGGCAAAAGAAGAGCCUGGUGAAGGAAGGAGAGGAAUGUGCCUAAACCUCUGAAAAAUCUCUAUUCCUCCAGCCCCAGAAGGAGAGCAAAUGGCAAAUGUCCUAGAGAGGAAGGCGUGGAGCCGUGGCAAGCCAGAUGCAAACAGUAAAGUACCACAAAAGCAAAAAGAAAAAUAUUUACAUCCUGAUGCAGUUAUUUGGGUAGUUAAAAGCAGCAGUUUGAAGAGGAUUCGGGAUGCUGUGAUCCUCUUCAGCCACUGCACACACUUUCCUUACCUUGGGAGGAAAAAAAAGGCUUCAAAAGCAGGGAAGCUCUGCAGAGGCUGCAGUUCCUCCACGGACCCUUGGGACAUUCGAGAUGAUGUUUUCAGAGGCUGCUGCUCACCUGGCAUGCACCAGAGGUCUGUGUGUGUGAAGCUGCGGGGGUAUCUACCCAGAGAAUUAAAAAUCCUGAAGAAUGGCUCUACCUACGUCCAAGUAUCUUGCCGAAAUCUUCAUUUUCCUUCUGUUUGUGAUCUCUUCUGUAAGCAGAGCAGAAGCAGCUGUCACUUGUCCUGAUAAGGAUCCUGAGUUAGAAAACUGGAACCCAGGUCACGACGAAGAAAACCACAUUGAAAUCCGUAAUGGCAAGAAGCUCCUUCUCUCUUCUUCUGCAACUGUCCACUCCAUCCACAUCACUGAUGGAGGAAAACUGGUCAUUAAAGAUGAUGUGCAGCCUAUAAUUUUGCGUACUAGACAUAUACUCAUUGAAAAUGAUGGAGAGUUACACAUCGGCAGUGAGAUGUGCCCUUACCAAAGCAAUGUGGUUAUCAUCUUAUAUGGGCGAGCGGAUGAUGGCAGCCAGCCAGACCCCUACUUUGGGCAGAAGUAUCUUGGCGUGAGUAAAGGUGGCACUCUUGAGAUCCACGGAAAGAAAAAGCUGUCCUGGACUUUCUUAAACAAAACUCUUCAUCCCGGUGGCAUGGAAGAAGGUGGAUAUUACUUCGAAAGGAGCUGGGGCCAUCGGGGUGUGAUUGUCCAUGUUAUUGACCCAAAGACGGGUGCUGUUGUCCAUUCUGAUCGGUUUGAUACCUACAGAGCAAAAGAGGAAAGCAUACGCCUUGCCCAGUAUUUGGGCAGAGUUGCAAAUGGCAUGAUCCUGUCGGUUGCCGUGAACGAUGAAGGAUCUAGAAACUUGGACGACUCGGCCAGAAAAGCAAUGACCAAACUGGGCAGCAAGCAUUUCCUCCACCUUGGGUUUAGGCAUCCAUGGAGUUUUAUUACCGUUAAAGGAAAUCCCUUCUCUUCUGUUGAAGAUCACAUUGAAUAUCAAGGUCACAAAGGGUCAGCUGUGGCCAAAGUAUUCAAACUAUUCAAAGCUGAGAAUGGAGAAUAUUUUAAUGUCUCUUCGACUAGUGAGUGGGUUCAAGAUGUCGAAUGGACAGAGUGGUUUGAGAAGCCUGAUAAAGUGAGAUCUAAGGACAUGGAGAAGCUUUCUGACUUCAAAGCUGCUUAUCCUGAUAAAAUCUGUAGGCAACCCAUUGACAUCCAGGCAAUGACGCUUGAUGGAGCUAAUUUAACAACUGAGGUUUUCUACAAGUGUGGCCACGAUUACAGGUUUCUGUGCCAUGGCAAGGACCAGACGGGCGAGGGCUGUCAGAACUACCGAGUACGGUUCCUUUGUGGCAGAUCUGUGAAACCAAAGCUUACAGUAACCAUUGACACCAAUGUGAACAGCACCGUCCUGAAUCUGAUGGAUGAUGUGAGCUCAUGGAAACCCGGCGACAGGCUGGUGGUUGCAAGCACUGACUACUCCAUGUACCAGGCGGAGGAGUUCCAAGUCCUGCCCUGCAGAGCCUGCAGACCCACCCAGGUCAAGGUAGCAGGGAAAGCAACAUACCUCCACAUUGGCGAAGUCAUUGAUGGUGUUGACAUGAGGGCAGAAGUGGGGCUGCUGAGCCGCAACGUGGUGGUGAUGGGCGAGAUGGAGGGGCGGUGCUAUGAGUACAGCAGCAAGUUAUGCUCCUUCUUUGAUUUCGACACAUUUGGGGGACAUAUCAAGAUUGGUCUUGGUUUUAAGGCUACACAUAUUGAAGGCCUAGAAUUAAAAUACAUGGGCCAGCAGACAAUGGGACAUUACCCGAUUCACUUCCAUAUGGCUGGAGAUGUGGAUGAGAAAGGAGGCUACAACCCACCAACAUACGUGAAGGAUGUCUCCAUCCACCAUACCUUCUCCCGCUGUGUCACAGUCCAUGGAUCAAAUGGUUUACUGGUAAAGGACGUUGUGGGUUACGAUGCACUGGGCCAUUGCUUCUUUACGGAAGAUGGACCAGAAGAGCGCAACACGUUUGAUCACUGCCUUGGACUGCUUGUUAAACCCAGCACCCUGCUCCCCUCCGACCGAGACAGCAGGAUGUGCAAGCUGAUCACGGAGGGCGCUUACCCAGGGUACAUCCCCAAACCUCGGCAGGACUGUAGUGCUGUAUCCACCUUCUGGAUAGCCAACCCGCACAACAACCUUGUAAACUGUGCAGCCGCUGGAUCUGAAGAAACAGGCUUUUGGUUUGUUCUGCACCACGUGCCGACAGGGCCCUCGGCAGGCAUGUAUUCCCCCGGCUACUCGGAGCACAUGCCGAUGGGGAAAUUCUCCAACAACCGAGCACAUUCCAACUACCGGGCUGGAAUGAUCAUCGAUAAUGGCGUUAAAACCACUCCAGCCUCUGCCAAGGAUAAAAGACCUAUCCUGACACUGAUUUCUGGGAGAUACAGCCCACACAAAGAUGCUGAUCCUUUGAAGCCCAGGGAACCUGCAAUAAUUGAGCGCUUUAUUGCCUACAAGAAUCAGGAUCACGGGGCCUGGCUGCGGGGUGGAGAUGUGUGGCUGGACAACUGCCAGUUUGCUGACAACGGCAUUGGCCUGACCUUGGCCAGUGGUGGGACUUUCCCUCACGAUGAUGGCUCAAAGCAAGAAAUCAAGAACAGCCUGUUUGUUGGCGAGAGUGGGAACCUGGGCACCGAGACGAUGGACAACGAGAUCUGGGGACCCGGAGGUCUGGAUCACAGGGGAAGGACCCUGCCCAUUGGCCCGGAUUUUCCCAUUCGAGGGAUUCAAUUCUAUGAUGGACCGAUCAACGUCCAGAACUGCACCUUCCGCAAGUUUGCUGCCCUGGACGGCCGUCACACGAGUGCCCUGGCCUUCCGCCUCAACAAUGCCUGGCAGAGCUGCCCCAACAACAACGUCACCGACAUUCAUUUUGAAGAUGUCCCUAUUACCUCAAGGGUCUUCUUUGGAGAACCUGGACCCUGGUUCAAUGAUCUGGAUAUGGAUGGUGAUAAAACAUCAGUUUUUCACGAUGUAGAUGGUUCUGUGUCGGAAUAUCCAGGCUCAUACCUCAUAAAAGAAGAUAACUGGUUAAUCAAGCACCCUGACUGCAUUGACGUGCCUGACUGGAGAGGUUCCAUCUGCAGCGGACACUUUGCACAGAUAUACAUCCAAGCCUACAAGCCAGCCAACCUGAAAAUGAAAAUAAUAAAAAAUGACUACCACAAUCACCCACUCUACUUGGAAGGGGCUUUGAGCAAAAGCAGUCAUUACCAGCAGUAUCAGCCAGUUGUAACUCUGAGGAAAGGCUACACCAUCCACUGGGACAAGACAGCCCCUGAAGAGCUGGCCAUAUGGCUCAUCAACUUCAACAAGAACGACUGGAUCCAAGUAGGGUUUUGCUAUCCGAAAGGGACGACGUUUUCCAUUCUCUCAGACAUCCACAACCGUCUCUUGAAGAAAACAUACAAAACUGGAACGUUCUAUAGAACCUCUCAAAUGGAGAAACUGGAGCAUAGAUAUCCUACCAAAGGAUACUACUACUGGGAUGAGGACACCGGGCUGCUGUUUCUGAAACUCAAAGCUCAAAAUGAGAAGGAUAAAUUUGCUUUCUGCUCUGUCAAAGGCUGCGAACGAAUAAGGAUCAAAGCUGUGAUCCCAAAGACUGCUGGCAUCAGUGACUGCGAAGCCAUGGCCUAUCCCAAGUACAUUGAGACACCAAUAGUAGAAGUGCCAAUGCCUAAGAAGCUCUCUGGUGCACAACUGAAGACUAAGGACCACCUACUAGAAGUGAAAAUAGAAACUUAUAAGAAACAGUACUUCCACCUAAAGGAUGACUUUGCAUACAUUGAGGUUGAUGGUGUGAGGUUUUUCCUCACUGAUGAGGGUAUCCAGCUGGUUGUGAUUGAUGGGCAUCGUGGGAAAGUCGUUGAUCGUGUGACAUUCAAAAACUCAAUUCUACAAGGAAUCCCAGCACAGAUAGAAAAUUACGUCAACAACAUCAGAGAUCACUCCAUAGUGCUGGUGACAUCUAAAGGAAGAUUCAUUUCAAGAGGACCAUGGACAAAAGUACUGGAGAAACUUGGAGCAGGAGAGGGCUUUAGAUUAAAAGAAAAAAUGGCUUUUGUCGGCUUCAAAGGCAGCUUCCGCCCUGUCUGGGUGAAGCUGGUCACUGAUGAGGACUCUGCUAAAAUCUACCAAGCGCUGCCAAUUCCUGUGGUGAAGAAAAUGAAGUUAUGAGGACAGAGAGCUCUGGCUGCCGGCGCUGCCCCCGCGGGACGGACUGACUGCAGGCACCCCGCUCCGGAGGCGCAACGUUGUCUUGUUCUUGUUGUUCACAAAGAAAUCUGACUGUAAGUAGCUAAAGUGGCCACGUGUGACAGAAAAGCCUUCUCCUCUGCCAUCAGCGUGUUCUGUGAUCACCAGCCCCUCGCCGGUUGACUCUCAUGUUACUAAGCGAGGUUUGACCUGUUUUACAAGGUACUGGUUUUAUCAGCAACCCUGUGACAGACUAACUUAUGUGCUGCCUAUUGAAGGGGGAGCUAUAGGCCUGAUGGCCAUUGAGAAUUAUUGCUUUUACCAGCCUCUAAGUUGUCAAAACACUUUUUUUCUCCCCCUGGUUUAACUAUUUGCUCAUAUAAACAUGAAAUGCCAAUUCAAAGGCUGGUUGAAAAUCUAAUAUAGAAAGAUUCAAUGAAUGAUUACUUAGAUGCUGGGAAACUUCACUGGACAGUAAGAAUUUAUCCUAAAGCUUCAAUGAUAUUUGAUCAAGCUCUUUGGGAUCUGUGUUGUACGUGCACAUAGUUGGGGAAGAGAUUAGAGAAGGAGCAGAUAAAAUAUGCCAGCAGGGGCUGUUGAAACCACAUAUUUCUGUUUGCUCAGAAAAUUGUGUUUCUCCUAUGGAUGAAGGUUUUUUAAUAGUGGCUGCUCGAAUUGAAAGUUUUCCUUCAACAAGCAGCUGUAGGCUAGAAGGAAAGCAAUGUCUAUGAGCACAUAUAUUUUCUCAGCCUUUCCCAUACAGUAAUACUGUUCAGGAUCAGUCUGGAGGGUUUAUGGUAGCCAAAGUCGUCCUGUUCAAGGCUUCCAGUUUCUAACUGGGAAUACUGGGACUCGCCUUAUUCAACCUCAGAUAGGGUGGGCGGCUCCAGGGAGGGCAGAGGGAGCAGGAUCAGCCCCCUCUGCUGUGUGGUGCUUUCUGAUCCUGUCCUCAGGCUUAAAGGCAUGAGUGUCUUGAUCCUCCUGGAACAGUUACAUGAGAUGGAAGGUGACAGAGGUCUUAACAGGUAUCUGAAGAAUUAGUGGGACUCUCCAUACACUAGGUGGAUGUCUUGUGCCUCCUUCCCCGCUUCUUCAAAGCAAUAUCUGGGUUAUGAAGGCAGAUUAGUGUGAAUCAGGACUCCUGCGGGGACAUCCCUUGAAGCUGGGAAACUAAACAUUAUCUUGUAAAAUGCUGUAAACACUUCCAGCGUACAGUGAUGUUUCUGUCUGUUUUUCAGAAGUGCCAUGAAGGCAUCUCUGGAGCCUGUGGCUGUUCUAAGAAAUCUAAGGGGGAAAGGGUAAAAAAUAGGAUGAUGAGCUUUUCAAAGCACAUAGAAUGUCAGUUUUGCCAAUAAUAUCUGGGUUUGUUUCCUCACUUUCUCUCUGCCUGUCCCCAUUGCUGCAGAAAUUAUUCCAGUUGCUGAUGGUUAAUUCAUUUUGUUCUGUUUUAAUUCAAGCUCAUGUCAUUUUUUCCCCACUGUAUCCAAAACGCUAUCAUCUUGCAGCUGGAAUGAAAGAGCAAGGAUUUUGUGUGUCAUUCCAAAGGCUUGGGAAGGUGUUACACUCUAUAACCCUGGUUUAGAUCAAUUGCUCUGAAAGUCAAAGCAACCAUGAGCAAAAUUUAGACAGUGCUGCAGCUUACAUUCCACUCAAGUCUCUCCUGGGUUUUGAAACUGGAAAUGUUCUUUUCAGUCUUAUUCUGUAGUUGAACUCAAUGAAUGUUGUAUGUAUUGUUGGUGUUGUUUUUGGUUUGUUUUUUUUUUUAGAAAGCACCAAGCUUUCCCUCCCUUGCUUCCCAACAAGAAUCUGUUACCAGAUGCUCUUUAGGUAUUUGUGCCAUUUCUAGAAUGAAUAGGCAACACUUGUAAAAGGUGAGCGUUUUCUUUUUCCACAGUGUCUUAUGGUGGUUUGGAGAUUUCACAAGCUAUUCCUUGAAAAAGUCAGUCUCACUUGUGGUUCAACCAUGCUUAUCCUAAGGUCAUUUAUCUGAUGUUCUCUUAUAGCCAAAAUACAGCCAGGUCCCUGAAGUCAAGCAAACAGACUUAAAAAAAUAAGUCCCUUGAGUACAUUAGUCUGGGUUACUGAAACCUCUUUGCUGUCCUGAGGCAAUUCGGUUGGUAUCAUUGCACCAGUGUUAGUGGACCACACUGGCUUCCAAGAGAUGGACCGAAGCAGGAGUAUUUCUUUCACAAGCACUUAACAAACGGUUGGCAGGAAAGCUGGGCUCAGGAUGAACCUGGUUUAGGAUUCGUCUCUCUGGGGUGCUCUGCCAGCUGGUUCCCUUCUCCUGCUCUCUGUGAGCGUGUGAACGCCCGGGAGGCUCAGACCAGGUGGGUCCAUCCCCUGGACUGGUUGGUUCAGCUUAUAUGAGCACGCUGCCGUCAUGCUCAAGUGUAGCUUCUGAUUUUACUAUUUUUUGGGAAUUCUCAGGGUGCAAUCAUAAGACUUGGCUUUAGGAAAAGCUCUUUUCUCUUUUUUUUUUUUUUUUCUAAAAAAAUAUUACCUUAUUAAGAGAAGAAAACAUUUAGCUUGUUCUCUCAUGCACAGCUUGGCACGUGGGGCCUGUUUGGAGCUCAGGUGGGUCUCGCAGUGAAUAGGAGUUUGGGAUCGCUGCAUUCUGUAAGCCUGAGGGAUAACAGAGCAUCCCAGUAGUGCAACGGAGCAGUGAAAUACAAAGGGCUCCCACCAGCCCUUAGGGAUGGAGACAGAACGCAGCCUGACACCGUCACCAGUCAGCAAUAGUUUUGUGCCAUGAUUAUUUAUCAAUCUUUGACUGUUGUAGAAUUUGCACCUGCACAUUUUGACAAGUGAAUUACCCGACUGUUCUCUGUACAUCCUGUACAGCCCCCGCACAAGCUGCAGUUACCCUCUGUAAGGUUUUAUUACUGCAAAUGUUUCUGUGUUUGCCUACACAAUUGCCAUUGGUAGAGUGGGGUUUUUUUGAUUACAUUUUGUUUGUUUGUCUAUUUGUUUGUUUGGAUGCUUGGGUUUUUUUUUGCCUCUGUUUGAAUGCUUGUUUUACCUGUCGCCGAAAUAGCUGGUCCUUUUUCGGAGUUAGAUGUUUGUACAUUUUCUUAUAGACUUUCCAAUGAAAAAAAGAUAUAUUUUCUAUUAAUUUAUUACAAUGGCACUAAGACAACUAAAUUGCAGACAUACGAAGCAUUUUUACGGAGUUUAGCAUUGUCCGGGUUGUUCAGGAGGUCAACAAUGUGUCUUUUCUGAUAAUCUGCUUUGCACUUGGAAGCUCUGUGUCCGCAGACCACGGUAAUGCAGUGACUGUCUGGUUUAUGAUGACAAAAGAACCCUUGGGACGUUGGUUCCAACAGAUUGUGGCUUACAACUGACAUAACAUGUAGUUGUUUGGAGUACACAACGUUUAUCAAAAUAAAUAUUCCAUGCAAAUUUCUUA